AUGGCGACGUGGAGCGAAGUCGAGUUUGUGGCCAGCGAGGACACGGGCUGCCUGGACAGUGUCUCCAGAGAGGACAAUGGAAGCAGCUUGUACCAGGUGGACACUCUGGUCAAAAUCUCCACUGCGAACGAGGCACAAGCAAAUCCCCGUCUCUCUUCCUUCAGUGGGGCGAACUGGAGCAUUAUCAUUGCAGACAAGACCGUAGCCCUGUUUGACCAGAGCUUCCAGACCAUCCUGCUGCUUCUUCACUUUGAAACUGAUGUGGAUGCCAUCGAUGUCUGCCGGGAAAGGCAGUUUUUGGUGGUCUGUGAAAGAAAUGGAAACAUUCAUUUGUUCUACGUUCCAUACAAAAGGAACCUUUUCACCAAGAAUUUGGUUGGAGAACCAUGCAGAGGAGAUAAGAAAACAUAUUGCUCUCUUAUCAUAGAUGAGGACAAGGCAUCUGCAGGGGUCUACCACAUGUUCCUUCUCACAAACAAUGGUUUCUUUCACAUUGCAAACCUUGAUCUGGCAAGGACUGAGACAGCAUUUGAAAAUAAAGAUGUUGGGGCUUUAAAGGAGCUUCAGUCUCUCAUCAAAAUCGACUUCUGCUCCAUGGAAGAUGGCACCUGCAGCACCGCAGUGAUGUUUAAUCUCGGCCAUGAAAUCCACCUAAUGAUUGGGGGUGGUGAAGAGAACGUUCUCACACACUGGAAGAUGGACCCUCAUCAGUCAAAGAUGUGUCUUGCUGACACCAUUGAUAACACCUUAAUCCCUGGUGUGAAGAAGAUGGUGGUGGCAGACAAUCGUUUGUAUGUCCUCGACACUGAGGACGUCCUGAGUCUCUGGGAUCUCCACUUCCUCGUCAUGAUUCACUACUGGCCGGAUCUCGUCAUUCAUGACUUUGAACUGACGGCAGAAUGUGGCUCGGCCUCCACUGUGGUCCAAGACAAAGACAGCAUGAAGAUGAUCACACUGACAAAGCCGGACCAGAACCAGACCAGCUCACUGCAAUUCCGAUUUCUGCCCUCGAUGACGGCUUACUACUCCCUCAACGUCUCCUCGGUCUCCUGUUUGGUUGAAACAAAAAUAAACGUGGAUACAAUUUACCUAGUUGAGGGGGUUUAUGAGAACACUAAAAGCUGCGGAGAGCCCAUAAACUCUGUCAUGGUCAGAUGCUUCACCGAGGCUUUGCCAGAAAACAGACUGAGCAGACUUCUGCACAAACACAUGUUUGAAGAGGCCGAGAAGUUCGCCAUCACCUUCGAGCUGGAUUUAGAGCUUGUCUACAAAGUGAAGCUGGACUUCGUGCUGGAGCAGCUGGCCUCUGCGUCGGUCGGCGGUUACGGACAAGACAUAUGGUCCGAGCUUGUGGACGAGGCCAAGACCAACCUGAUGAAGAUCACAGACGAGCAGUAUGUGGUGGACUACUGCCUGAAGGCUCCGUGGCCGACCUUUGAGACUGCAGUGAAGAUGCUGAACCACGCUGCGUCUCGAUACUCCUGCUCGCAGAUCCACGAGGCCAUGGCCAGGCUGGACACUUUCUACAGCCUGCACGGCUCCGAGCAGUUCAACGGAAUCGCCUGGAUUGAGUUUCUGAACAACACUGACACUUUCGGAGACAUUCUGUCUCAUCUGAGGGACGGAGACAUGAAGGGUGCACAGCUGCUGUGGCUUCGAAGCGAGGGUCAGAUUGCAGCAGAGUUCGAUGAGAGCAAACUGGAGGCCUUACUCAGCGCCAUCCCUCAAGACCUGCCGUCCCAGCAGCUCUCUCCCUGGUUCAAGACUGUUUUUGUUCCUUUCCUGAGGAGGGUACUCCCCGGAGGACAGAAAAUCCUGGCUAAAUGGCUUGAGCAGAAGGCAAGAAACCUGGAGUUGACAGAGAAGGGUGCUUGGCCUCAGAACGGGCUGGACUUGGCUACUCUUGGUCUCCCCUCAUUGUGGACGUGGUUGAAGUCUGAUGACGCUGAUGGUGCAGAAGAGGUGGAGAACCUGAAGUCUCUGGUGUCCAACCUGUGGAAGCUGCUCAACCUCCAGCAGAAAUACAAAUGCAAACUUUCACUUUCGGUCUUUGAGAAGAGAACUGUUUGGAGUGUAGCGUUCUUCAUGCUGGACAAAGUGCCAGCUCCGGAGCUGAUUGCGGCCACGGUGGAAAACUGCAUCAUUCCGUACACUGAGGAGCACAACAUCUCUUUAGACGAGCUACUUCUGCAGUACAUCAAGGACCUGCUGGAGCGCUGCAGUUCGCAAACAACAACGCUCUUCACAGAAUGGGAAGCCAAAGCGGUUGCUGUGCACAGCUGCAUGACGGAUACAGAUCUGAUGGUGGACGCUGUGCUGGCCAUCAUGCAGAAAGCCGUUGUGCCCUGGAGCAAAGUGGUGGAAAACCUAGUUCAGCAGUACCUGGAGAUGAAUGGUCCAAAACAAGAGCUUUUAUAUGAGAGUUACCACCUGAUGGAGAUAAGGAAGCUCCUCAAUGGUUACGGCAUCCGUAACUUCAACCUUUCCACCAGCUCUCAGAUUAUGACACUCAUCAGAUACAUCCUGAAGCAGGACCUGCAGACGUCUCUGAAGGACGCCCUGACCUUAGCUAAAGGCUACAAACUACCAACCUCCCAGAUAAUCUACCUGUAUGUCAUCCAGCUGGCGGGUCAAGGCAAGAUUGAGGAAAUCUUGACCACCCUGAAGAGGCUGUCUUCUGCCGAGGCAGAAUGUGUCAUUGAACGUCUCACGACCUGGGCCAGGCUGCAGCUGGAGGACAAAGACCACAUAUCUGAGGAGCACAAGAAACACCAGAUGGUCAUCAGCCAGGUUAUGGUGGAGGUUCUCAAAUACCUGCAAAUAAUCCAGAAACAUGACACACUCAAGAGCAUGGCGUGUGAGAACAACCUCGCCAUGUUCAAGGCGAUUGCCCAUUUGCAGGAAGACUUUGAUGUUUUCUUCACCCCUUCCAAAUACGAGGAUCCGGCCAUCCGAAAACAGAUCCAGGAGCAUCACAUCACAGCGUAUGAGAACACUCGAGGCCGCCGUUCAUCCAGUGACAAAUCUGCAAAAUCCCCUGUGGUGGCGAAUGAUCCAGACGGCAAAACCAAGACCAUCUCCACUGAGGCUGGCUUGCGUCGCCUGGGAAGGCAGCUGCAGCGCACCGAGCAGGAGCUGUGGUCAGACCUCGCCCUGCGAGCUCUGGAAGCGGGCAAGGUGGACAAGGCCCUGAAGAUCUUAAGUGAGCUGUAUGAGCACCACUGUAACAGCAGCACUGGGAAGGUUUUAUUCAAUGCUGCCAAGAUGCUGUGCCAGAUGCUGGAGGCCGACGUGCCCAUGGUUCUUCCUGAGGGGAUGGAUUUACCGGCCGUCAUCCACGACCUGGCCUGUCAGUCCAUCACCGUGUGCGACUCGGACCUGCUGCUGGAUUGUCUGGAGCUUUGCAAGUGCACACGGAUAGCCAUGGACGUCUAUCACCAGUGCCAGUUAUCAGACAACUACGGCUUCGUAGCCAAGGACUUUAACAUGACAGAAAAAGACUCGUACUCUCAGUGGAGCUUCCAGGAUGUUUUUAAUGAGGACUGCAUUGUUCUGGACCCGGUGUCGGUGCUUCCUAUCCAGUAUGAAAUUACAAAUUGUCUUCUGCCUGUUUCUCACGAUACAAAGCUGUUCCCGCUGGACUGUUCCUGUUUGUCCCAUCAUUCAUUUCUAAAUGGUUCGAACCGCCUGCAACCCCUUGUCAGCCCCCUGACCAACAUGUUGCGGAUCCUCCAGGACUGCACUCAGCUGGAGCUGGCCAUGAGAGUGCUGGUCAACUCGUACGGCAGCUGCCUGCAGCACGUCACCUCCAACGUGAUGAACAUGAAGCUGAGCGUCAAGCUUCAUGAUCCACAAGCGCUGAAGAAAUACAACGCAUGCCUCAACGAACUCCGGAAGACGUGCAUCGCUUUCCUGAGUGCCGAGGCUGUAGCCCUCCUCAACAAGGUGUUCAACUGGAGGGUGGUCGACUGCGAUCUGGCCAUUGGACUCUGUACGCUCCUCCCGAAAGCAGAAGUCUUCAAAAUACUGUGGAAAGUUAUUGACAACACUUGGCAGAACUACGACAAGAUAUUGGCCGUAGCCAAAGUUGGAGCCGAUCUCUGCUGCCUGUUCAAUGAAGCGGAAGAACAAAAGAAGUUUCGCUCGGUCAUCACCGAUGCCGAGUGGGGCAUCAAGCUGGGAAAAUUAGAGAUAUCGAUCCAGCCGGUGUUCCGGCAGCGACCUGAGCUGAAGAGCAGCCUGAUCCCUGACAUGGUGAAGAACGUCAAGGUCACCGCAGACAUUGUCCUCCAGUACUGCAGUACGUUCGGUCUGGACCGUGACAACGUGAUCAACCAGUACAUCACCACUUUGCUGCUGCUCCAAGAGGAUGACGACGGUGCCGGCGACCUGGGGCCCGGCCCGGAAGCCGGACCGCCUCUCUGUCACUCCGAUGCGCUGGAACGAGUCCUGCAGAUCAUCCCGAUGUUACAGGACACCAGCGAGCUCACCAACAGUCUCUGUACUUCCAUAUUCAAGCUCAGCCCUUAUAACUACGAGAGAAUUGAGGUCGUGCUGACGAUCUUACAAGCCGCAGACGAGAAUGUGACCAGCUUCUCUGUUUGUCAGGCAGCCGCCCUUCUGCAGCAUCUGAAGUCCUACACGCGAGUGUCGCCGCCGUCAGACGUGGAGAACUCGUACCUGUUUGAGAACGGUCUGCUGCCAAACCCUCUGUCCAAGAGCAGGCUGCCCUUCCACCUGCUCAUACAGACCAAACACUUCUGGAAGAUUAUCGCGCCUGAGCUUACUGAGGAGACGUUCCCCACACUGCUGCUGAUCACCAAACUCAUGAAGAUGAACCACGACAAGUUAUACAUGUCUGCAGCAAACCACGUGUUUGAGAAGAAGAUGAAGCCGUUGCUCUUUCAGCAGAGGGGGAAGGCUCAGAGCCACGGCUACAACAAGGACACGCUGAAGGUGGCCAAGACCAUGAUGCAGUUCAUCAACUGCAUCCAGAACCCAGAGUUCGCUGCAGCAACGGCCUACAGCAUAACCCAGGAGCUCCCACCAGGUUUUGAGAAGACACAGUAUCUCCGAUCCUGUCUGGUUCUUGGAGAAGCGUGGCUGAAGGAUCCAAAGCUUGAGGAGGAAUCGCGAGCCAAAGCGGAGAGCUUUCUGUCCAAACUGAAGCUGCAGUUUCAGCGCUCGGCCACCGAAAACGCAUUGAUCGCCAAUCAGCUGAACAGCCCCGAGCACCAGAAGCUGACGGGGCAUCCCACCAGGCUCAUCGCAGCGCUGUGCGAGCACAGCAGCGUGGAGCAGCGCUUCAAAGAGACGGGAGGUCAAACCUAUCCGGACAUACACGCUGCUGUUAAGGAAAUAGCAGCAAUCAACAGUGUUGAUCUUAUGAAAAUCUGCUACACAAUGCUAGAGAAAUGGAUCUGUAAAACAGGACCUGCUGUUGCCAAGGAAAUUGGAAAUCCAGACUGCGUCGACAACAUUGAAGACGACCCAGAUCUAAUGAGGGUGGUCUACAUGCUGCAGUCUUGCCCCGUGGAUGUUGCAGUCCGUCUUUUAAUUCCGAUCCUGUCUGCUGAAACCUGGCCUCUCAGAAGUUCUGGGCCUCGUCUGACUUUCUGCCAUCGGACUCGAGUGCUGCUUUGUCUCAUCCGCCUCGCCGAUGCUGCUAGUCUGGAGGCUCAGCUGCAGAUCCAAGCGUCCGACAUCCAAUAUCACGUUAAGUGCUACAUCUUCGUUUCCCAGCUGGAGGCUUUAAACAUCCCGUACACAGUGCGCUCCUUCCUCAGUUCGCCCAAAGAGGGCCUGGUUAAAGGUCUGUGGAAAAACCACAGCCAUGAGCCGCAGGCGGUGCGGCUGGUGGCAGAUCUAUGCCUGGAGUACAAGGUGUACGACCCGCAGCUCUUAAACAGUCUGCUUCAGCGGCUGCUCAGCUUUAACUUGAUCAGCCACUUGCAGAAAGUGUUGGAGACAAUAGUGGCUGUGCCAGCUCUGUGGGAGAUGUCGUCUCUGGGUAAAGCCUGGAGGACGUUAACAGUGGGGUCUCUGAUCAAAGUUUGUCUGCCUCUGGAUUCGUGUGAGCUGGAAAACCUCUACAGAUCCUUCGUUCUCCUCACCAAAUGCCCGUUUCUCCUGAGUUUGGACCUGCGAGGCAUCGCCAGCGAUUAUGAGAAGGUGGAGCUGUACGCCUUCGCCCUGGGAGCCCUCUGCUUUAUCUCCUGUGUGAAGACAAGAGAGCGAGAGAUAAAGGCUUUCAUGUCUGCAAAUAAUCCCGUCACGGUCCUGGAUCAGGUGGAAGAGCACAUGGAGACGGGGCAGCUGGCUGGGAUCCCUUCAAAGGUCAGGGACUCUGCUUUGGAUUUCAUCUGCCGACAAGGACUCCAGUCAACGCUGCUGAACACCAGACACUUCACCCAUCUGAGGGAGUUUGUCGUGUCGAGUGGGAACGAUGAGCUGCUGAAGGACCUGGUGGACUCCCUGAUCAGCGACAAUCGUCAGGACGAUGCAGACGAGGUCGAGCUGAAGUUCAAGGGCCUGCAGCGCAUCAAAAAGGAGAAGUGCUGACGAGUGAGUGGAAGGAGCUGAAGCUGAUAUCCUGAACCUGCUUAAUGGAGAACAAACCCCGCCCCAUAUAAGCACAGAUGAUCCUUAUCAUCUGUCAAGCUGUGUUUGACAACCAUAAAACAACUUUUAGUGUCAGCCUAUAUUUAUCCUUUUCCGUCUGGGUAUUGAUUUAUGAUAAAAAUAGUACACAGCUCUCUCUCUCUCUUUUGUGUUCAAGGUGAUUGUUAACACGCAGUAUUAGUUUUGGGAUGAGCUAGCACUCCUGUUUCCUAAGUUCUAUCAAUACAGUUGACUUUUAUCUGUUAUUUAAAUAAAUGUACUUCCUUGCAUAACGGUGUCCUCUGAUGAGGAAAAAAAAAAUUUACGAGUGACAGGGGAAGUUCCGACUUCAGUCCAGGACCUGGACAUCAUUAGUAAUGAUUUAAACCUGCUGGUCUGGUGAGGAUUUAGCAUUUUAAAUAGCAGCAGUGAAAGGCACCAUAAACCGAAGACCUGUGCCGCUUGUCAUGUUCCUCUAAGUCUCAUCUUGCACGUGUAAAUCAUUUCUUCACGGAGAAAAUAAAUGGCACCACAAACAAGAGUAAGCUGGUGAAAAAAACACUUGUCUUCCAUUUGUUGUCAGUGAUAAAGUUAACACUGAUGAAGACACUCGGACAGAAGGCGGAACAUCAAGUCCAGUUGUCCUGAUUCAGUUUGCUUUGCUCUUGAAUUGAGUUUGUUGAGAUUAAACAGAGACGCGUUACUGUGGGUGUUAAUUCUCACAGGUGGAGCAGUUUGGCUCGUCUCUUUUAUGAAUACGUUUCCUG